AUGGAUGGAGGGGUAGGUUGCCGAGACGAUGCUGGUUCUGGUGAGUUUGGACGUGGAGCUGGUGCUGAUAUGGAGGUUGGCCGAGGCGUUGUUGCUGCUAGGAGUGACGCUGGAGCUGUUGCUGAUGGGAAGGUUGGUCGAGGCGUUGCUGCUGCUCGGAGUGCAGCUGGCCGAGCCGCUGCUGCUACUGGGGGAGUGCGGCUAGAAGAUGGUGAUACUAGGGUGGCUUGGUGGGACAUUGUUAUGACUGGGAGAAAUAUUGGCGAUACUAGGCAGGCUGUUCCUACAGCUGGGGAUGGUCGUUUAGCGAUUCCCACUUGUUAUGUGGAUGGGGGGUGA